AUGAAUGUUACACGUUUCUGUAGAAGUCUCGGAUUCUGCAAUGUAACGAAACCAACUCCAACAGUGGAGGAAUGCAUCUCAUGCAUCAGUGAGAAUAUAAAUUAUGCUAUGUCUCUGGCUACUACACCUGAAUUCACUAACAUGUUCACAGAAAGUUUAUGCGAGAACCAUGCAGCUAAUUCAACUGAGCAUUCUAGAAAUGCACUAUGA